CCAUGGCCACGCCACACCAUGUAACCAAGGCAACGACACAUUGUGCUUGCAAGGCGUACGCGAGUACCUUACGAGCACAGACUGGUGGUUCGGUGACAGCUUCAGGUACAGGCAGGGCAUGUGGUCACCAGUUUGUGGUACCCCCUGUACGGAUGACCAAAGACCUGGACAACACCCACACCAUCUACCUGGACACGAUGACGUUAUCAGCUCGCCCUGCCGUCGUCUGGGAUCCGGAGCCAGGCGCCCUGUACACCUUGAUUAGCUACGACGUUGGGUACUUGAGGCUCAAAGGUAUCUUGGUGAAUAUCGCUGGCGGGGACUCCAGUUUGGGCCAUAUCCCAUGGCAAUCGGCCUCGUCGCCACGAAGACGGACCCCUCUGCUAUAGGGAUGGCAGCACAGCUGAAUUCUAUAAACAAUUGCCCUUAUCUGCUGUCUAGAAUUCCUGUCCUGAAGAAAGUCAUGGAUGUUUUCAACUUAACCUCACGGUACAACGUAUUCCACGACCACAGAGGCGACUUUUUCCAAGACCUAGAGGUGGACUUGGAGGUACAGUAUCGGUCUGAUGCCGUGAACUUCACAUCUUGCUGCUCGGAGCAGAUGGAGCCGGAGAGACUUUUCCAACUGGAUCCGAUCAGCGAAACUCCUGUCAAACCUGUACACCUGAGGAAUGAACCCUUCCUGAGGUUUGAUGCCGUUAAUCGGAUGGACAAGAACUUCUUUUUCGACAAGUUGUUCACCGUCCUACUGCUCGACGUCACCGACGCGUCUGUGAACGCCAGCUCUGGCACGACCCCUGUCCUGUGGAUGGUCACUGACAUCGGAGGUCCCUACCCCAGCGAGGGGAGGACGAUGGUCAACUACUCCAUGCCCAUGCCGGCCGUGAGUGAGCGUAGACUCUACAUGUUCUUUGUCUUCCGACAGCCUGACCCCUUUCCCUCGAACUUUUCGACGAGCGAAUAUUGCAUGGCUGAUGGAAUGGCGAGGUGCGAUUUCAACAUCUUCAAGUUUGUGAGCAUGAACAACCUACACUUCAGCGGCAUCAGCUGGGUGAGAAGUGAAGAGGACUACUUCAGCAGGAUGAAACUGUACGAAAACGACGCAAGUGCCAUGGACAGUGCGUGCGCAGGACUCCCACACUACGGCACACCUUGCCCGGACCCGUGCGCAGCCACCCCGACCCCACGACCCCCGACCCCGCGACCCAGGGGUUCCGCCAGUGUCUUCUUCUCAAUGGUGACCGUUGUUCAAGUCCUGGCACUGAGCCUGCUGGUAUUAGUCGUGGUCCGGGAAUAAUGUGACUGUUACUGGUGCUAGUGCUGCUGCUGCUGCUGCUGUUGAUGAUGAUGAUGAUGAUUUUUU